AUGGAGUUUGGGAGCUUGUGCCUUUACCACAAGGGGAGCAAACCAAUUGGUUGCAAGUGGGUGUUCAAAACUAAGAGAAAUUCAAAGGGGCAGAUAGAUAGAUAUAAGGCUAGAUUGGUUGCUAAGGGGUUCACACAAAACGAAGGAAUUGAUUUCAAUGAGACCUAUUCACCUGUCUCAACAAAAGACUCCUUUCGAGUGAUCAUGGCUCUAGUAGCUCAUUUUGAUUUACACUUGCAUCAAAUGGAUGUUACGACUGCAUUCUUGAAUGGAAACUUAGAGGAAGAAAUUUAUAUGCAACAACUAGAAGGUUUCAUUCAAGAGAAUGGAGAAAAUCUGGUUUGCAAGUUGUGUAAAUCAAUCUAUGGUCUAAAACAAGCAUCUAGCCAGUGGUAUAUAAGAUUCAACGAGGUUGUUAAACUAUAUGAUGACAUUCUGCUAGCUUGCACAAACAUGUCCAUGUUACAUGAUUGCAAGGCAUUCCUGGCUAAACAUUUCGACAUGACAAAUUUGGGAGAAGCCUCAUACAUUUUGGGAAUCGAAAUUAGCAUAAAUAGAAAGAGAGGUAUGUUGGGACUAUCACAGAAGACUUAUAUAGAAAAGAUACUCAAAAGGUUUAACAUGGAAGGUUGUGCAGGGUCAGAUGUGCCUAUUUCAAGGAAAGCGUGA